CCGGCGGCCUGUGCGCCGGGAGCCGGCAUGGACCCCGAGCGCUGCGCGCCUUUCGGCGUGGGGCCCGGGCCCGGCCCUUACGCGGCCUCGGGGGACGAGCCACCGGGCCCCCACGGGACCCCCGCCGGCGCGCCUCACCUGCACCCCGCGCCGCCCCGCGGCCCGCGCCUGACCCGUUUUCCGGCCUGCGGACCCCUGGAGCCCUACCUCCCAGAGCCGGCCAAGCCGCCCGCCAAGUACCUGCAGGACCUCGGGCCCGGCCCGGUGCUCAACGGCAGCCACUUCUACGAGGGCCCCGCGGAAGGCCCGACAGACUUCUGCUGUGGUGCUGUGGUCUUGCAGGCUGAGGACACCCUGGUGCUGAGUCCCAGGAUGGAUACCAGUCUCCGCACUGAGGAGAAGGCCUCCAAAGCUGCCAGCUUCCCCCAGCUGCCCUUGGACUGCCGAGGGGGCCCCAGGGACGGGCCCUCUAACUUGCAAGGCUCCCCAGGCCCUUGUCUGGCCAGCUUGCGUGUCCCUCUGUCCCCGGGACUCCCUGACUCCAUGGAGUUGGCCAAGAACAAGAGCAAGAAACGCCGUAACCGCACGACCUUCAGCACAUUCCAGCUGGAGGAGCUGGAGAAAGUCUUCCAGAAAACCCACUACCCUGAUGUGUAUGCCCGGGAGCAGCUGGCUCUGCGCACGGACCUAACCGAGGCCCGGGUACAGGUCUGGUUCCAGAACCGCAGAGCGAAGUGGCGGAAGCGAGAGCGAUACGGGAAGAUCCAGGAGGGGCGGAACCCCUUCCCGUCUCCCUAUGACAUCUCUGUGUUGCCCCGAGCAGACAGCCACCCCCCGCUGCAGAAUUCCCUGUGGCCCAGUCCAGGGUCUGGGAGCCCCGCGGGACCCUGCCUCGUGUCUCCGGAGGGCAUGCCCUCCCCGUGCAUGUCUCCAUACUCCCACACUCAUGGGAAUGUGGCCGGCUUCAUGGGGGUGCCGGCCUCCCCUGGAGCCCAUCCUGGCAUCUACUCCAUCCACGGCUUUUCCCCUGCCCUGGGGGCCCACAGCUUUGAGUCUUCCCCAGAUGGCGACUAUAAGUCUCCAAGCCUCAUCUCGCUCAGGGUGAAAUCCAAGGAGCCACCCAGCCUACUGAACUGGACCACGUGAUCGGUUGCAUGGACAUACAGACUAAGCUGCCCAUCCCCUUUUCUGUUCCCAGCUGCUCCCACCCCACCCCAGCCUGGAUGUCAGAGAGGACACACCUCUGCCUCCAAACCCCAGAUGGUUCUCGGAGGCCCAGGCAGAGCAGCUGGGAUCCUCAGCCUCCCGCAGGGAAUAAGCUAGAGUUUUUUUUUUUCUCUCUUAGAAUAAGGUGGAGCUGCCCAGGAGAAAGGGGGGUUCAAAGCAGGUAGGAUUCUUCCUAUUACACAUUAGGUCCCUUCAUCCAACUCUGGGCUGGAGGAAGACACUGCCCUGCUUCCUUCAGAUGUUGUCCAAAUUUAACUGUCAUCCCUCCAGCUGAAAUGGCUCCUCAUUCAGGGAACACCAUAAAAUAAAAGGAGGAGGAUGCUGGUUGAACCAGAAGAAGCUCUUUGUGACUUAGGGGAAACCAGUCUUGCAUGACCAUCUAGGGCCAGCCUUACUUCCCCCUCCCGCCACCAGGGGGCGAGCGCUCAGCGUCUGGAGCUCACGAGGGCCUAGAAGCCAGCAGUCCAGUCGGUGUAAACGGUGCCCGCAGCCUCUGCUCUAGCCAUCCCUCAUCCCUUGCUCUGGUCCUGUGCCCCUCCCCCAACAUGCCAUGGAGUCCUCUUCCCCUCCAAGGGGAUGGAAAUUUGGAUUCUCUUCUAUGGAAUCAGGCCAGAGCAGGCUUCCUUGGUUUACGCAUUGGAUGUUGGUAAGAAUAAAACAGAUUUCCACAGAU